GACCUACUUUACGCAGGUGCCUGUGUUGACGUUUGUCCUCUUUUACCUUGUCAAUCUGGGAAGAACUACGGAGCACUGGGUCAUUUAUCUCCAGCACUGUAAAUUACAGAUGGGCUGUGUACAGGUGCAGUGAUCGAAAUCUAUCUACCAAUCAUGGCACUGAGAAGCGCUGUGUGCCGUCUGCUGGUCAACCCCCAGAGAUGCGCCAUCAUUUCAGCAUCAAGAUCACAGGGAUCAGCAGCGCCUGCACAAAAGGAUGCAGAGAAAGCUAGUGAGAAGAAGACUAAAGCACCCAAGGUUCAGUUUAACUGGCGGGAUGGCCUGGAGCUGGAGGGUCAGCUGACUGAGGAAGAGAUCAUGAUCCGAGACUCGUUCCGUGACUACUGUCAGGACAAACUCAUGCCCCGCAUUCUGAUGGCCAACAGAAACGAAGUGUUCCAUCGGGACAUUGUGUCAGAGAUGGGGGAGCUGGGUGUCCUGGGCCCAACCAUUAAAGGCUAUGGCUGUGCUGGGACGAGCUAUGUGGCCUACGGUUUGAUCGCAAGGGAAGUGGAGAGGGUGGACAGCGGCUACCGCUCUGUCAUGAGUGUGCAGUCCUCCCUGGUCAUGCACCCUAUCUACGCAUAUGGUACCGAAGAGCAGAAGGAGAAGUGGCUGCCCAGGCUGGCUCGUGGAGAGAUCCUGGGCUGUUUUGGGUUGACUGAGCCCAACCACGGCAGUGACCCCGGUGGAAUGGAGACCCGGGCCAAGUUCAACCCCUCCAGCCGCACCUUCACCCUCACCGGCUCCAAGACCUGGAUCACCAACUCCCCUGUGGCAGACAUCGCUGUGGUCUGGGCCAAGUGUGACGAUGGGAAGGUGCGUGGCUUCAUCCUGGAGCGCGGUAUGAAGGGCUUCACCACACCCAAGAUCGAGGGCAAGUUCUCCCUGAGGGCGUCUGCCACCGGCAUGAUCAUCAUGGACGAAGUGGAGGUUCCUGAGGAGAACCUGCUGCCCAAAGUCUCUGGCCUGGGGGGUCCCUUUGGUUGCCUGAACAACGCCCGGUAUGGCAUCGCCUGGGGUUCACUAGGUGCUGCAGAGUUCUGCUUCCACACGGCCCGUCAGUACACACUAGACAGAAUCCAGUUUGGAGUGCCCCUGGCCAGAAACCAGCUGAUGCAGAAAAAGAUGGCCGACAUGUUGACAGAGAUCACCAUUGGCCUGCAGGCCUGUCUACAGCUAGGGAGACUCAUCGACGCCAAGAUGGCAGCCCCUGAGAUGAUCUCUAUGCUGAAGAGGAACAGCUGUGGGAAGUCCCUGGACAUUGCCCGGCAGGCCAGAGACAUGCUGGGAGGAAACGGCAUCUCUGACGAGUACCACAUCAUCCGCCAUGUUAUGAACCUGGAGGCCGUCAACACAUACGAAGGUACCCAUGACAUCCAUGCCCUGAUUCUGGGCAGAGCCAUCACUGGACUACAGUCUUUUACUGUUAAUAACUAACAGCCUGCUGCUAGUGCUCAAACAGACCACUAACAGAAACCUCAAGUCAAUCUGUUCCUUAAGCAAAGGACAAGUAGUUCUACACUGCUUUGACUGCUUGUCAUCUACAGUAACACUAACGCUAAUGUUUCCUGUCUCUUGAGAAUAUGCACAUUGAGUGCCGGUUUCCCGGACACAUAUUAAGCUUAGUCCUGGACUAAAAAGCAUGCUCUAUGGAGAAUCUGAAAUAGCUUUUUAGACCAGAACUAGGCUCAAUCUGUGUCCGGCAAACCAGUAUUUUAUGCAAAAGACCAGGUAGGGUUUUAAAGGCAAGUCUAUCAUUGGUCUCAUGGACAAUUCAUGAGUGUAAUUAUUUCAAUUUAUAAAAACAAAGCUAUUUUUCUACUUUGUCAUAAAACCCUAGUGCUUACUGGUUGUUUUGCACAAUUUCGGACUACAAUGUGUUUGUAAUAGUUCACUAUACGGUGGAAGUUAAGAUGGUUCAGAAUGAAUAGCUUGUUUCCUCACAGAAAUUGUAGUAAAAUGGUUGUUGGACAAACAUUUUAAAAUGAGGUCAAGAUCAAUAUGUAUGUCCUGAGUUGUUAGAACUGUGAUGGUACUAAUGACCAAUUAUUGGUCAUUGAAUGCCAAAUAAUGUAUACUGCAUUUACUGUUAGAGUUUUAAAAAAUAAGUUAAAUCAAUUGAAGUCAAAUAUAAGUUAUAUUAAAUAAUCAUGCCAUUGCUUUUUUAGGGGGGGGAUAUUCCACAAAGUGUCUUUUGGGUCCCUUUGACAUUUUAAAUAUAAAUUGUACGCCAAUAUUGAUUUUUAAAAGCCUGUUACAUGAAAUGAAGUGCUCUUUAAUAUAGACCACAUGGAGAAUUCAAUAAAUCUGAUUUGUAUUAUGAAUAAAGACUUGCUAAAUUGCCUAGAUUCAGCAUGUUGACAUGUC